AUGUUGAGCUUAAUUCAGGGUGUUUCUAUGAGCGUGUUAUCAGCUGACUGUCAAUGGUUGUGUGAUCAAAUAGUAACUGACGGUACUGAUGUGGUGGGGUGGCACAAAGGAGAAACAUGUGGCCGAGAUGCGGUUGAGUACGCUUUGCCGUUCAUACACACAUCCUUUGACCGCCAUCUGGGCGAAAAUGCUGGUGAAGACAGCGUUCAUCCUAUUCUAACGCAUCGUCAGCUGAUGAACUUGGCAUACAAUAAAAAUGCGCUCGUUCCUCUGUUCGCUCUACGCUCUGCUAUAGGGUUGACCAUGAUUUCUCGCAGUGCAGGUCGCCACCUAUUCGACGAGGUUGUGGAAGACAUAGAACUUAUAUGUGACUGGAUGCAGUUUGAAGUGAUAUUCUGCAAGCCGUGUGAAGAUCUGAGAGCGGUGAUAGCGAUCGCUCUUGGUAGAGGUGGUGUGAGCCAUGUUCAACAUGGAGAGUUGAGAAUGCAUGGUGAUGAGGAAGACGUCUUUGCUGGUGGUGACGAACCUCAGCUCCAGGUUCGUCAUAUAAGUCCUGCUUUCUUUUUCGUAAUUCACGAUUCGCGUCUUUAG